CGUAGUAAUUUUUUUAUUAUUCACUCUUUAAUUUAUUCAACUCGUGCGCUAGCAGUUCAAAUCCCUGCUAUAGGUUUGCACAGAUUCAAUAAGCUUUUGAUCCCUCAAAAAAUGCAGAUUUCCGAAAAUAGGACUGAAUCGACUGAUAAGCUCAUGGAAGCUGAUCAGCACGUAUUGAAUUUCUUAGAUUCCAUGGAUACUUAUCUAAAUCUUAUGGAUUCCUUAUCAUCAACUCUUCGUCAGGGAUGGCUGGAGCUAGCCAGUGCUCGACAUUCAAUGGGUGCUGCUCGUGUCAGCAGCACCUUGUUUGACCUCAAAUCUCAUCAUGCUUCAACAACACUAGAAGUAGACAAUGUUGACGCCAAUGUAGAGCCACCGCACUUCAAAUUGUGCAAAUGGGUGGCCUCAGAUGAUUCUGAAAUGAAUAAUGGGGAAGCCAAAUGUAAGGAUGAUGAAAUGUCACCGGCCACGCCUGAAACCCCACGAGCUCCGGAUGAGGAACCUCAAGCUAGACGGGCUGAAAGUGGUGAAUCCCCAGUUUCUCCUGAUGAUCACGUCCAACAGGCAAGAUCUAGAUCACUUUCCAUGUUUGGGACACUGGUCUCUCCCAAGCUUCGUGCAACCCAGACGUCGUUUGAGAAAGCUAUGGAGAUGCUGGUGGAGAUAUCAAACGUACGAGCUUCUUUGCUGCAUGCUCACAAUCAAGUGCAGAAAGACGUGAAGGCUGCCAAAUAGUUGUGGCUAGCUUCUAGGAGUAUUUGUUUACUACUAUAGUCCCCCCAUCUAGUAUAGUCCAAGAUUAUUGAUCUUUCAUACAUACAGGAAGAUUUAGACAUUCACACAAUCCUACUUUAUGCCUUUCGCUCCACCCAACAUUACCUCAGAUCUGCAAUUUAGCAAGAAUUAGAUCCCUUCAACGAGCAGCAAAUGAGGGAUAGCAUAUAAAGAACAUGCUCAUUUGUUUCGAGGUGGUUCAAAAGUUACUAUGCUGUGAGGUAACAUAACUUUAUUUUUGAAACUCUUUUGUUCAGAUAGUGAUAUCUGUUGAACAAGAUGAUUACUAUAAUCUCUCAUCUAUGCAUGUCGUUUCCACUAA